CCCAGCAGCCUCGCAGCCCCGGGCUUCACCUGUUCGCAUGCACAUUUCUUCCCCUUUUUUUUCACUUGGGAUUGCCUUCCAUCGCCCCAUGAUAAUGACCCAAACCCUCAUGCCUUUAACAAUGCUGUCGUACGCGGGCUGCAGCUUGCUGAUCCUCUCCGCGUCUCUCGCCGGUGCUUCCCUGGCCGAGAUGGUGUUCCGCUGCCCGGGCUGCACCGCGGAGCGCCAGGCUCUGUGCCCGAGGCUCACCGAGACUUGCGCGGAGAUAGUGCGCGAACCGGGCUGCGGGUGUUGCCCCGUGUGCGCCCAGCAAGAUACCGAGAUGUGCGGCGUGUACACUCCGAGGUGCGCCACCGGUCUGCGGUGCUACCCGACGCCCGACUCGGAGGUUCCUUUGGAGCAACUGGUGCAGGGCCAGGGCCAGUGCCGGCGCAAAGUGGACCCCGAGACCGCCACUUACAGCCAGGAGCAGCGGGAGCAGACCAGCGGUGAGGCUGUGGAGCCGCUGCCUGGGCAGGGUGUGAGUGAGGUCCCGGCCAUCAGGAAGCCCAGCAAAGAGACCACCUGGCUCGGGCCCAAAGAGAGCGCCGUACGCCAGCACAGACAGGAGAUGAAGACCAAGAUGAAGACCAACAAGGUGGAGGAGGUGAAGCCUGCACGGCCCAAACAGACUCAGUGUCAGCAGGAGCUGGACCAGAUCCUGGAGAGGAUAUCUAAGAUGCCCUUCAGAGAUAACCGAGGGCCCCUGGAAGACCUGUACGCCCUGCACAUCCCCAACUGCGACAAGAGGGGGCAGUAUAACCUCAAACAGUGCAAGAUGUCCCUCCACGGUCAGAGGGGCGAGUGCUGGUGCGUCAACCCCCACACCGGCCGAACUAUCCCAUCAGCCCCCACUGUGAGGGGAGACCCCAACUGCAGCCAGUACCUCAGAGACCUGGAGCUGGAGCUGGAGACCCCUGACAUGGCCCAGAUAUAAUGUGGCAUGAAACAAAAAAACUGUAAAGUACUUGGGAACUAAAAACAUCUGAGUAAGCUAUAUAUUAUCUUCGUGUGUGUGUGUGUGUGUGUGUGUGUGUGUGUGUGUCUGUAGUUCAUUUGAUGACAGUGACGUUUGAAAUAUUAACCAUCAAAAAAGUCUUAGAAUCCAGUUUGCCGAGUAGGAUAAGAUAAGACUCUCUUUUCCUCGUAGAUGUUCAGAGUGUUGGUAGCUUUACUAAUUAUUGCUCAGAUUCUUCUGUUAUCAGUGUUUUUUACUGUAUGUGUUGAAAAACGAGGAGCCUUCAAUAUGUUUGGUGUUUUUAGGUGUGUUUUCAUGUCCUAGCUUGCAGACUACUGUUACACCUUAUUAACAGAUGAUGCUAUUAAAAAGGUAAUAAAUUCAAAUUGG